AUGCCAGCACUUUCAGAUGUCAUUUUGGAUGAAACUACAUACUAUUCUACACUGGGACUCUCGAGCAAUGCUAAUGAGGCGGAAAUACACAAAUCCUACAUGAUGCUGGCUCGUCAGUUGCAUCCCGACAAGUCUAAAUCUGAAGCCAGUGCUGAACAGUUUAAACUAAUCAGUCAUGCCCACUCGGUGCUAAUGGAUGAGGCUAAAAGACUCAAAUAUGAUGAGAGCUUAUUCUCGAAGGGAUUGCACAAUUACUCACCGAGGGAGAAUUGCCACAGAUGUAUUCCCACAGACAGGAAAAGCGCUACAUCCUCCGGCAAACAUAAAUCAAAAACAGCACAAGAAAGCGCUGGAAAGUACCAUCGACCCUAUGAGCAACAGCCCUAUGGAUUUGGUACGGAAGGAACUAAGACAUCUCAUACUCAUCCUAAAGUACCGAUCUUUCAGUCUUUCAAUCUGAAAAACUAUCAAAGAAGCCAAAGAUCACCUCAACCCAAAGAGCACGAGGUUCCCAAGCGUUUUGAUACACCCAACAUCUUUUCUCAGGAAGCCAGAGAUAUGAAAGAUAGAAAAUCAAAGGACUAUAACAAAUCUACAGAAGAUGAAAGCAACGCCACACGAAGGAAUGGCGAACAAGAUGAUAAAAAUGGCCAUCCAACUGAGACUGAAGUGCAUGAGGGAGAAGAGCCAUUCAGAGCAAAGAUACACAAAGGAAAUAUAUCAGAUCCAUUCGAUGCCUCACCAAAAUCUCCAUUCGAAAACAAUCGAGACCGCCAUUACGCCAGAAAGAAGCACGAGGCAAGGCUACAAGGUAAGCGUUCGGUAUCACCUGUCAAAGUUACUCCUACUUCGAAUAGUCCCGAUUUGUCAGAUACAUGGGAUGGAUUGAAAGAUCUGCUAAACAAGUUUGAGAACAAGAAGAGCAAAGCAGCAGAAAGCAUGAAUAACCAGACAAAGAAAGAAGUCGAAACAGAUUCGCAUAAACACAAUGGUACUUCGGGCAAAGUACGAAAAGCUAAUGGGCAAAGUCUUCAUUUGGAUGACCUAGGCAAUUCACUACCGUUGAAUGACAAGUCCUUCGAUAUGCAGGGAGUUAGCGACAUCUUAGACGAUGUUCCACUAAUAAAGCGGGCAAAGAAGGAUAACGGCAGAGAAAUCUCACCAGAAAUUGAAAUGAUAUCUCCUGCGAAACAAUAUCAUCAACAACCACACACACGGCAUCCCGUUUAUCUCCCUCAACCGACUGAAACUCUGCAUAUGCCUGUCAAUCAACCCUUACCAAAGCUCUAUAGGUCAGACGUUAUUGCACUGGAUCAGUACAAGGUCAAUUCUCAAGUAAUGGAUUGGGAAGUGCCGCCAAUGCCAAAUUUCCAAUGUAACUUCCUCAACAAAUCAGAGGUGGCUCAUUGCAAACAAUUGGUUAUGGAAUUUAACACCAGAUGUAAUUCUUUGAAGCACAGAUUAUUGAUGAUAAUGUAUGAUCGUCUGGACGCAGAUUGCAAGCUUGAUGAAAGACUGGUCAAGGUCGAGAACUCGGCAAACUGGAUCUCCUGCAAAGACUUCGACUUUGAAGUCGUUAACAAGCUCAGCGAACUACAAAAUCGCCAGCGCAUUGUCGCUCAAAGUUUUGCCAGUAUAUUGAAAUCAAUGUACGCAGCUGAACAUAGUUGA